AACGAAUUGCAAACAAACUCAAGAACGCGUCUCAGUAUUGAACUGUCCCUUCCAGGAAAAUUACCUGCGUUUUAAAGAUAAAGUCCACCCAUUAUAUGUAUAGCAGUUAUAUUCGAUAAAGAAUGAUUAGGAAGAUAGGUGAAUCUGCAACCAUAAAUACAAAAUCCAAUUUCGUUUUGAUUCAGUGAUUAUAGCAACCGGGACCCGUUUCGAACGUUGCAAAAAUAUAAUAUAAAACAGCCGGAAAAACAUUUCUCCAAAAAACGUACUAUUUUUUUUUUUUUUCAAUCCGCCGUGUUGAGAAAAGUGCGUUUUGAUCAUGACUCGUUUUAAUUUUGCUUUUGUGAUAAUACUCUCGCUGACGACUUCCAUUUCCGCAUUCAUCGACCUCUACGGUUACAAAAAGAUAAAAACCCCCAUUCCAUCAGGACUAACGGCGGACGACGCACUCUUCCUGACACCCUACAUCAAGAAAGGCCAAAUCGCGGAAGCACAAAAAUUGGCCCGAGUCCCACCGCUGAUGAAAAACGUUGAAAGCUUCGCUGGCUAUUUAACGGUAAACGAGACCUACAGCUCGAAUCUCUUCUUCUGGCUAUUCAAGAGCCAACAUGGCGACUGGCUGAAGCAACCAACGAUCCUAUGGCUACAGGGUGGUCCAGGCGUCAGCUCUCUUUUCGGUCUCUUCUCGGAGAUCGGACCGUUUUCCGUCACGGAUUAUCUGAGAUUGAAAAGGCGGGAGUACUCCUGGAACCGGAGGUGCAAUCUACUGUUCUUCGACCAACCGGUUGGGACCGGAUACAGCUUUACGAAGACUUACUACGGUUUUGCGAAAAAUGAGACCGACGUGGCGAGGGACCUAUACACAGCUUUGGUUCAACUGUUCACGCUCUUUCCGAGUCUGCAGAGGAACAAGUUCUUCAUCGCGGGAGAGUCUUAUGCUGGGAAGUACAUCCCUGCGAUCGGGCACAAGAUCUACCAUGAGAACAAGGUCCCAGGCGCCGCGCUCAAAAUCAACCUGGGAGGACUAAUGAUCGGCAACGGUCUGACCGACCCCGAGAACAUGCUCUACUACAGCGACUUCCUCUACAAAAUCGGUCUGGUAGACGAUAAAACGCGGGCCAAACUCAAACAGUACGAGGACUACGCUCGCAAGGACAUUAAGGACGAAGAGUACCGCGACGCCCUGGACUGGCUCAAUUUCGAGUUCAACCACAUCCUCGGAACCACCGGUUUUCAGUACCCUUACGAUUUCACCAACGAUAAAAUCGGGAUCGACGAUCGGGUCAUCAAAUUCGUGCAGAAGGAGAAAGUCAGGAAAGCCAUCCAUGUCGGGAGUUAUGAAUUCAACGACUUUUACAUGCCGUACAACUACUUGAUGAAUGACAUGAUGCAGUCGGUUAGGCCUUGGGUCGAGGAGCUACUCACGGCGGAGGAGUUUCCGAUUAUGUUCUACAGUGGUCAACUGGAUAUCAUCGUCGCUUACCCCCUGAGCGUCGCGUUUUAUGAUAAGUUACAGUGGCCUCGUACUAGCGAGUAUCGUGAGGCUAAACGAUGUCAGUUCAGGGUGGGGGUUGACGUCGCUGGGUAUUUCAAGACUGCCGGGACGUUUACGGAAGUCAUGGUGAGGAAUACGGGUCACAUGGUGCCUCUCACGCAGCCUCGAUGGGCGUUCGAGCUCAUGGAUAGGUUUAUCACGAACAGUUCUUAUUUUAAAUGCUGAGUAUUUAUUUAUAUGUAUGUUUUUUUAAUAAACACAAACUCGAUUGGUGUGGAAUUAACA